AUGGCUGCCGUUUUCUUUACCAACGGUGAUUAUCGUCCUUCUAAUGGAACCCACAAGGUCCCUCGUCGUCCUGUUUUGAGUGACGUCCAUUGCGGUGUUUCUGUGCCCAAGUAUGGUGCUUGUGUACAACAAGAGAACCGUCGCCCUGCCAGACGUUCUGCUUUUGCUUAUCACAAGGUUUUGAUCCUUGAAUGUUCCCCCGAUGACUCUGGUGUCUCGGUUGGAUCUGAUGAGACCCUCAAUGAACCCACCGUCUGGAAACCCAUCGAUAUUGUUGCCGAACAAGCUUAUUGUGACGAGUCGAGUAACACCUGCUCUGCUACCAUUGAUAAUGAUGAUGAUGACAACUCCUCUGAGUGGUCUUUUGAGGCUGGAGACGAGGCUGCCUUUUCCACCCGCCAAAUUCAAGCUGCCUGGUCCGAUGAGAACACUGAAUCUAUCUGGUCGGCCCCUGCUGCCUCUUGGGCUCUAGCUGAUUGCCCUAUUGAAAUUGAUGAGAAUGACUCUACUACUGAGUCCCAUGGCGAUGUUACAUUGGUUGAGUCGCCUUUGGAAACCACUCACAGUGACUUGGCUGAAUCUGAGGAAAUCACUCCUGUCGAGGUGGAUGAUCAAACCCCUUGCGCUAUGGCCGACGCCCCUGCCCCUACCAUCGAGGGCACUUGUUCUAUUGACAGUCUUGUUGUUGAGAUUAUUGCCGUUGCAAACUUAUACAAGGGUUUGCCACAAUUGAUUGUUUCUGGUGGCCUCAAACCUGAACCAGACUCCGAGUUUCCCCAAACAGCUCCUUUGGCUCCAUCGAAGCCUAUUGCUCAAACUCCCUCUGACGAUUUGGUCAUUCAGGUUGAGGAAGUCGACAAGUCCAAAACACCAUUGUUGUUGACAAGAGCCAAGGCAAAGCUGACUACCCUUACUGGUCACGCUGCCCCUAUCACGAAAUCCACUCUUAUGUUUAAUGGCGUUCAAUCUGCCGUCUAUGCUACUCCCCUUAGUAGCCAAGAGCCCCUCACUAUGGAGAACAAGAAGUACAGACUUGAUGGAGGUGCCAUUAUUAAGGCCUAUUCGCCUAUUGUUUAUCAGAACAUCCGCACCCUUUGUGGAAUUGACUAUCAUGAGUUUUUGAACUCGUUUGUUUUGCAGUCUGACUUGACUAAGACUAAAUCUCCUGGUAAAUCUGGAUCCGAUUUCUUGUUUACACCUAAUGGCAAGUACAUUAUUAAGACCAUCAAACGCAAAGAGCACAACGUCAUUGCUAAUGCGGACUUUUUGGCCGACUAUUACAAUCAUAUCAAGGCCCACCCCGGUACUCAGCUCCCUUUCUAUCUUGGAAACUUCACCCUUAUUGCUGAUGGAAAGAAGACUCACUUUGUCAUUAUGAAGAAUUUGCUUCAGAAGAAGACUGAUCUGAUUUACGAUCUUAAGGGAUCGAGCCAUGACCGACGUGCUGGACCUAGAAAAGACAAUCGUGGUCGUGUAGUGUUCAAGGACCUUGACUGGACUGACAAACACGAGGCUAUCUCAAUGAGUCAAGAGGACCGAGACAAGUUAAUGGUUCAAGUGUCAAAGGAUGUCGAUUUCUUGAAGCGACACAAUAUCAUGGAUUAUUCAUUAUUGGUAGGACUUCAGAGUGAUACUCGUACUUGUGAACAACAACCUGUUAUUGGUAUGAUUGAUACCCUCUGCCCCUUCAGUUGGCGCAAGAGAGCGGAGACCACUGUCAAAGGACUGAUAUUUGGCAGGUCCGCUGUGGAUGUUGUUCACCCUUCGAAGUAUGGAGCGAGAUUCCUUAAUUUCGUUCAAUCUGCCGUGGUCCCUGGACCCAGCAGAUCAGUGUCUACUCGUUGCUAA